AUGACUUCCCCCUCAACUGACGCGUCGCCCAAACCGUCUCCACCGCCCCCCAAAAGAUCCAUCGCCUCCCAUUUAACAACCGCGACAGUCGACCCCAACCUCCUCUCUCCUAUGAUGCACCACUACGUCCAAACAAAGCGAAAAAUCUGUCGCGACCUCGCAUGUGCCUCUGAUCGCAAGCUCCUGCUCAUGUACCGCGUCGGCGACUUUUUCGAGAGCUUUUUCGAAGACGCCGCUCUUCUCUCCGCCGUUUGCGACCUCGCUCUCACCUCCAAGGAGGCCGGAAAAGCCCUUGGCGCCAGAGUGCCCAUGGCGGGACUCCCGCACUAUGCCAUCGAUGACAAAAUAAAAAUGCUCUUGCAUCACCGCGUCACGGUUGCUGUCGUCGAUCAGGUCCAAUCGGCCGCAGAGACAGCAGCAGGCUCCCUCAGGAGCUCGUACCUCGCAACCGUCGUUGUGCAGGGACCGGCAGGUAGUGGUGAAAAGCGAGAAGGGGAGGUGUUUGAAGAAUGGUAUUUGAACGGUAUGCGGUUUGGAUUUUCGUAUGCGGACGUCUCCACGGGGGAGUUUAGGGUCACAGAUGGGGAGGGCAUUAACACUUUACAGAGAGUACUUGCCACGGUUGUACCGGCUGAGUUGUUGCUUGUUGCUAUCGUCACGCAUCGGGAUCCGCACGACUUGGCCACUGCAGAGGGGAUACUGAACAGCUUCUACGCAGUACAGAAUGUUGAAUCCCUUGGUUGCAGAGGGAGGCCGUUAUGUAUCCAAGCCGCCGCGUCUUUGCUCUCUUAUACGCAGCAAACACUGCAGGUGGACAGCGAGCAAGAGCGACCUCUGCCGCUGAAUCCGUUGAAAACGUUUGCACUCGAUGAUGUGAUGCUGUUAGAUGCAACCUGUUUACAGAACAUGGAAGUGGUUCGAACCGCCCGAGAUGGAGACCGGGAACGAACGUUGCAAUGGGCGGUGGACAGAACAGUGACAGUGAUGGGAGCGAGAUGCCUCAGAACCUGGUUGUUGGCACCGUCCACGCGACUGGAUGUGAUUCAGAGACGUCAGAAUUUUGUUGCGGCCUUCCUGCACGAUCUUCGGAAUCGACGAACGCUUGUGCAGGCAGAGCUAAAAAAAGUGGGUGACAUAGAACGUCUGGGUGGUAAGGUCGGCGCCGGGCGUGCAUCCCCUCGCGAUUUGCGAUGGUUGUGUGAAUCGAUUCUACGUGUACCGGCUAUUUUGAAGAUGACGAAAGCUUGUUUGCAAGAGAAUCCCAAAAUAAGUCUUGGCCUUGUUGAUCCGGCACCAUCCUCCACGCCUUCGGAGAUGAUGAUUCGAGCGGUCGCCUUUCAAAAGGACAAGUUGAGUCUGGCAAGUAUGCGAAUUUUUCGUGCCGGGUAUUCGGAGGACCUUGACAAUCUCAGGAAAGCAAUGGAGGAACCAGAAAGGUGGAUUACAGUUCUCGAAGAGCAAGAACAAAAAAGAAGCGGCAUCGACAGCCUCCGCAUAAAACACAUCAAGAACGCUGGGUAUGUUUUGCGGAUUCCACGUUCGGUGGGGGAGAGAACGAUGGACAAGGAUCCAUUGUUCUUUCAAAAGUUACGAUAUGAGUGUGUUCAGAGCACGAAAGCAGAAUUGCGAUUCCGUUUCGAAGAGCUCAAGACACGUGAAAGCCUUCACAACAGCGACCUAUCUGAAAUUCUAUCGCUUGAAGCUCUCUUGUUUAAUGAACUGCGAAACAAGCUUGCUGAACACGUGCCUCGCUUGCGCGUUAUUGCGCGUCAUAUUGCGUCCAUUGAUGUCCUUGCGGGUUUUGCGCAGGUCGCGGAGGAACUCAACUAUGUCAUGCCGCAGAUGCUCGACAAGGAAGAGCGAAUUCUUCACCUAGAUGAUGCGCGACAUCCAGUCGUUGAACAAACGCUGCCCGUUGACAAGACGUUCGUACCAAAUAGUUUUCAGCUAGGAGCCAAGAAGGGCCGGUCGUGCCCCGACUUGAUGUUGCUGUGCGGUCCAAAUGCUGCUGGAAAGAGCUGUGCUCUGAGAAGCGUAGGGCUCAUUUGCAUUUUAGGGCAGACUGGUUGUUUCGUUCCCGCAAGGUCUGCGAAAAUAAGCAUUUGUGACAGGAUCUUUACAAGGGUCGGGGCUGUAGAUGACAUUGCACGUGGGCAAAGCACGUUUCAGGUAGAGAUGGCGGAAACAGCGUCUAUACUGGCUCAAUUGACAUCGUCCAGUCUUGUGCUUCUCGACGAAAUUGGCCGAGGCACCAGUGCCGUGGAUGGAAUUUCAAUUGCUUGGAGUGUAUCGGAACAUCUUACCAAAGGAUGUGUGACAGAGGGAAGGGCAAGCUCUGCUCCGAAGUCAAUCUUUGUGACGCAUUAUCAUGAGCUCAACCAGCUUGCCUCAUUGCAUCCGAACAUCCACUCAUUCCGUCUCGAGGUUGCUAAACUGGAGUGGAUUGCCACGCACAGAAUUAUCCCUGGGGCAUCCUUCGAGUCCCACGGAUUGGCAGUCGCUCGGCGGGCAGGAUUUCCGCGAGAAGUGUUGGAGCGAGCAGAAGAAAUUGCCAAGCUCCUCAAAGCACCAUCCCACGCUCUUGGGGCCGAGCUUCGGAAAGCACUAUCAGAGAGUUCCAAUUCGAAUAACUGUGGUGCAACCCAUGUCGUGGCGGGUGACGAUGAGAACGACGAAAAGGAAACAGAAACGGAGAUGACCAAUGCAUUGGAGCAAGGGGUUUCGAUGUAUCAAAAGGGAUUCGAAGACGGAUAUGAAAGUGCUAAGGCAGAACUGUAUGCUGAUAUUCAAAAGGCAAUAGUAAAUCUACAGCCGCGCCUUGACGUGAGGGACUGA